CUUCUCACCAACAAUAAGUUGCAAUCUUCCCUCCUCAAACUACACACAAACUCAAACAACAACAAGAAAUGGCAUGCUUUGAAAGGGUCUCACCAGCAUUGAGGGAAAUCCUCACCAGGAUACACAGAGCAGAAAGGCCACUCGAGGUAGACCACCACGUGCACGAAUUCGGCUCCGUACACUACCAUGUCAAGCAUUCAGUGACAGAUCCAGUUUACACCUAUUUAUCAGUGUCAACACCUCUUCUAUCAUCUCAAGGGCUCCCAAUCUCAUCACAGCUUCUUCCUCAACACACUCUUGAGAUGGUUAAUGGAAUUUUCCCCGGGGUUAUGGAGGCCCUCGUCCCUCCCAACGAGGGCUAUCAGCUGACUCUGAAGCUCGACAUUUCAAGAAUCCCACAUGACAACAAUAAAGCCUCCACAAAGAUGAUUUCAGACAUAGCCUCAGUUCAAUCAAUGCUAGUGAGCAAUCAGUUGAAGGAAAUUUUAAGGAGUGUUGAUUCUCAAGAAGUUGGCCAUGGGAUUUACAAACCAAUCAAACUCAUAUAUCAUCCAAGGGAGUCAUUCUUUGUCAUCAAACAGCCAGCAAAGAUGAGUGCAAUAUUUCCAAUGCGAUUCAAGGAGAAGGAAGACGUGAUCAUUGCCACGGCCUUCUUUCAGGAACUCAUGGAUGUGGGAAGCACAGAAGCAUUCCGAAAGGCCCCUCACUGCAUAUGGUCGCCUAUUCCGCCUGCAGAGCUGAGAGGCGAGCCGAUUGAAGACCUCAGCACAAACGGAGGCUUCCUCUCUUUUGACAUAACGGCGCGACAUGUGCAAGGGAAGAAGCUGGAGAAGACAGUGUGGAACCUUCUAAACGUGUAUACAUUUGUGAAGUGGCAUGUGAAGAGCAGCAGAGGCUUCGUGCAAAGAAGAAUGAGAAUGCGGCUUGAUAAGUUAGUUCAGCCGCUGCGUGAUGUGGAGAAUGAGGAAGAUGAUGAUCACCAAGAGACGAGGAAGAAGUCGAAGAAGAAGAAGAAGAAGAAGGUUGAUGGAGGAUGUACGAAUGUGAGGAAAUGGAUAAGGGUGUCGAAGAAGAAGAUUCUAGAGAGGAAUGAGGAGUUGGGUAAUAAAAUGAAGCGGAUUCGGUCGAGAAUCAAGAUUCGAUGCUUCAGCCGUUUGCGUAGGAAAUGGCUCAGAAUGCCCAAAUUCUCUCCAGUUACAAGGUAUAUGAAGCUCGAAUGAACAUAUUUGUUCAGCUAAGGAAGGAAGGAAACAUCUUAGUAGGAGGGUUAUUAGUCUCCAUGUAUUAUUAGCAAUAAAAAUCCUACUCCUUUUUUUAUAAUUUUCUAGAGCUAUGAAAAUACAUGUGAAAUUGGGUUGCUUUCAUUUUACUACGUAAACUUUGGAUAA